AUUAUAUUUAAAUAACAUAAGCAAUGUCUUCAUUUAAUUUGAAUGAUCUUGGUACUGAAUUACAAGAUGUUACUCAAAAUAAUGCCGGUAUUGGUGUAUCAUUUGCAAAAAAAUCACUUAAGCUUGAUACUGAAGAAGAUGCGUUGGAAAUAGUCAAAGCAAUACGAGCAUGUACAAAUCUGGAAUAUUUAGAUUUGGAAGGCAAUACUUUAGGACCACUUGCUGCUAAAGCUGUGGCUCAGGCAUUGGAAGAAAAUGGUUCAUUAAUGAAACGUGCCCUUUGGAAAGAUAUGUUUACUGGUCGUUUGAAAUCAGAAAUACCAAAAGCACUUGAAUAUCUUGGUUCUGCUUUAUGUACUGCUGGUACUCAUCUCUUUGAACUUGACUUAAGUGAUAAUGCUUUUGGUCCAAUUGGGAUUGAAGGAUUAGCAAAUUUCUUGACUUCUAGUUCUUGUUAUACUCUUCGUGUGUUAAGAUUAGAUAACAAUGGACUUGGAAUAUCAGGUGGAAAAAUGUUGGCAAAGGCAUUAUUAGAUUGUUAUAAUAAUACUUUUGAAGCAGGCUCACCUCCUUUAGCAUUAAAAGUAUUUGUUGCUGGAAGAAAUAGAUUGGAAAAUGAAGGUGCAAAAGCAUUAGCUUCUGUUUUUCAAAAGUUAACUAGUUUAGAAGAAGUUGCUAUGCCUCAGAAUGGUAUAUAUCAUGAAGGGAUAACAGCACUUGCUAAUGGAUUAUCAUAUAAUCCUGGUUUACGAAUUUUAAAUCUUAAUGAUAAUACUGUUGGAUUAAAAGGAGCUCAAGCAAUUGCCAAAGCAUUACCAAAUUUCAAAAAUUUAGAACAACUUAAUCUUGGUGAUUGUUUACUUAAAACUCGAGGAAGUAUGGUUUUGGCAGAAGCAUUAGGCGUUGAAGGUAGUUAUCCAUCACUCACUGAACUUAAUUUAAGUUAUAAUGAAAUAAAAACAAAGGGUGCCAAUCCCAUAGCUCUUGCUAUGGCUGAUAAAAAACAUUUGGCAACUUUACAAUUGGAUGGAAAUAAUUUUGGUAAAGAAGGCUGUACUAUUUUGCGUGAUUCACUUACAAUUUCUGAAAGAAUUGGAUCAUUAAGUACAUUAGAUGAUGAUGAAAGUGAUAAAGAAGAUAGAGAAAAAGAUGAAGAAGAAAAUGAAGAAGAAAAUGAUGAAGAAAGUGAUGAAAAAAGUGAUGAAAGUGAAAAUGAAAGUAAAGAAAAUAGAGAUAUUAAUAAGGAUACAAUUAUAAAUGGCAAUAUAAUACGAUCAAAAAUAUCUGUUAUAGAUUUUUUAAAAUCACCAACAGGAGAAAAUUUACUAUUAUUGCAAGAUGAUAUAGUACAAGAUUUUAUAACUUAUGCCAAAAACUCAUCCAAUACUGAUACAUCUUCGGAAUUAAAAUUCAUUGAAGAGUAUACAAGAAUAAUUAUGAAAGUAUCAGCACUUAAUACAAGUGGUUAUGUUGAUGUAAGAUUAAGAGCUCAAAAUCUUACAGAUGCAUUGUAUUCAAAGUUAUGCUUUUUUGCAAUUGAAAAUGAUCAGGUUUCUAUUUGGAAUAAUGCUUUGCUAGUCAACUUAGGUUUAAUAAAAGCAGAAGAUAAAAGCAGUGGAAAAAUUGAUUGGAAUUUAGAAGGAUGUUUUAAAGCAUUAGAAAUAGUUAGUCAAAAAGAUUAUUUUUUACAAGAAACGCGAAAUACAUUAAAGUUCUUUUUGGAAAAGCCGAUAAGAAUAAACAAAAAAAAAGUUACGGAUUCUUUACAAGAUUCAAAAGAUUCUCUUAAAACUGUUUUAGAUCGUAUACAAAGCACGUAAUAAUUAUUGAAUUAUUUUUUAUAUAAUUCUUUUAUGAAAUAUUGAUAUAUCUAUUUAUUUUUAAAUGUUUUGCAAAAUGUAAAGAUACGAAUUAAUUAUGAAUUUUCCAAAAUAAAAGUGUUGUAUCAAAUUUUUAUAAGUUUUGUUUAUAUAUAAACAAUUAUAUUAUUGUGCAUAUUGUUAAUGAAGAUACAAAUUUCCAAAUUAUAAAAUACCGAAAUUAUAAUAGACUAGAACUUUAGUUAAUGGAUAUAAAAAUUAUAAUUAAAAGUAAUGUUUUUAUCAAUUUAGAAUUGAUAAUAUUUGUAUCAUUUUGAAAAAAUAGACUGAAAUUCAUAUAGAAUAAAUAACACUUAUUAGUAAAACUUAAUGUAAAAUGCAUCGAAAAUUAUUAUGACUCUUAAGAGUUCCUAUUAUCAUAAGAAUAAGAAUCUUGAAUGAAGCUCUUAGUCAAUUAUAUAUCACAGAACUUUCAUUCUGUUAUGGACAUUGCAGUCGUAGGAUUCCAACCAGGCUGAAACAAAUCCACUGCUAACGGUGUACAAUGUGAUGAUGGUUGAUCCUUCAUAUACAUUGUUGCCUAAAUGAAAUGAGUUUUAUUUAUAUCAGAUAAUUAUAAUUUCAUACAUCUAUUAUAUAAUUACAUACCAGAAAUAGAAUGAUUUGUUGUUUUAUUUUAGAAUCACAGUCUUGACCAAGCAUAGAAGGAUAAUUUAUAAUACCAUUAUUCUUUUCUAUAUCCUUUGCAACAAAAUUUAAACAUUGUUUUUCAUCAACGUUCAAUGUUUCAAUUAUUGAUUCUGCAAAUUGUAAUCAAUAUUAAAAUAUUAAAAUAUAUCAUUUCAAUGUAAUAUUGAAGGAUUAACUUAAAAUUUAUAUUUAAUAUUGAUUUCUUACUUCUAGUAGAUAUAUCUGCAGACAAAAAUCUCGCUAAAAGCGCAGCACAUUCUGAAUUUUCCGCAAAAAGUUCUGGAUAACGUCGUAUUAAAAAUUUUGUAAGCAACAUGUUACCUCGAUUUCCUGAUAAGCUAUUACCACUAGGUGUACACACUACUUCAUCUUCUGUUCUUCGUAUAAGCAAUACUGUGCCAUUGUAUCUAAAAAAAAAAAAAAAAAAAAAAAAAUUUAUUUGUUUAUAUAUAACAUAUACAUACAAUCUAUUAAAAUUUUAAAUAUAAAAUAUAUAUAAUAUUUAAAUAUAAAA